AUGAAGCACAAAAACCACCAGGGGGAAGCAGAGACCGGUCGCCUACUCCGGCUCCGUUCCCAUCGUUGGUUCUUAGGAGGGCGGGACUUCCGGUUCCGAACCCAGCCGCGAGCCGCUUCCGAAAAACCCACCAGAGGCAAAGGUGUGCAGAAGACAUGCCCCAGUAAGACUUAUGUAAGGAUCCAGUAUGAAGCACAGAAAUCCAGUCUCCUUAAAAAUGAGGAAAAAGGGAGGGCAUUGCAGUCCACCAGUCAUACCCCAAACACAUUUGAUUUUUUAGAUACCCUCUUGACCAAACUAAAUGAAGAAAAGAAUGAGCCAAGUCACAACCAAAGGAUUGGAUUUGAUGGAAGGAUCCAGUAUGAAGCACAGAAAUCCAGUCUACUUAAAGAUGAGAAAAAGGGAAGAGCAUUGCAGUCCACCAGUCAUAUCCCAAGUACAUUUGAUGUUUUAGGUACCCUCUUGACCAAACUAAAUGAAGAAAAGAAUGAGCCAAGUUACAACCAAGGGAUUGGAUUAAUAAUGUUUUCUGAUUCCCAAAUUCAAGGUGCCUCAGAAAAGUGCGUAACGAAGCAGGUUUAUAAUAACAGUACUGCUAAAAAUCAAGAACAUAGUGAAUUUCAGAUUCCCAAUCACCUCUUGGAUCCAAUGACCAAUCAAUAUCAUCACCUUACUGAAUUUUCAGAUGCAAAAAAACAGGUUCAGAAUGGAGUGAUAGGAAAUUCAAGACUUCUUCCAUUAUCCCUAGAUCCCCAUCUUUCAUUGAUCCCCAUGGAUAGCAUAUGGAAAAUUGAUGGAAAAAAUCUUGUUAAUUUUCAUUAGCAAUUAACAUUGUAUGUGUGUCAUGGGCUUGUAUACUUUCUCAAAGUAAAGUUUUUAAACACAGAAAUUGCUUUCAUAUCACAAAUAAGGGGAAUUCCCCCUCAUUCCCACAAUGAGAAAGCAUCUUAUUCUAUUUUUGGACAUCUCUAAAUUGUAGGAAAAUCUUCCUUAUAUUAAACUGAAAUUGUCCUGAUUGUUGGAGCAUUACUUUUCAGUAUAGUAAGGAAAAAAAUUUAAGAACAAUAGAAGGGAGGAAAACUUAAGGAUUCCAUCAAGAUAAGAUUUUUGAAUAUUGCCUCCUUAGCUUUAGUUUUUGUUUUUUUUCC